AUGCUCCUUCACCUUCUGUGUUCUGAUAUUCGCGACCACACCGCAUCUCUGCACGCGCGCCCAUCUUCAUCCUCCACCACCCCCCCGCUCCUCUGCGCCUGCCUCACCAAGCCGACCACCUCCGCUCUCGCCGCGUCGCAACAGGAACUCGCAGACGGCGACUCUGCGGAAGCGCCCACCACUGGCCACCCGUGGCGCCCCAGCGUCGCAAGAAUGGCGGAGGCCGAGCUGGACCACCACCAACUCCAUGCCCACCAGCACUCUGACGACGGGUUCGCCUCUCACGAGUCGUCGCCGCGCACGCUAGACACUUUCAUUGAUUCAGAGCACGAGUCUGACUUGGAGUCUUGCGCCACCACAGUUCCCGAAACUGUUAUGGCAGAGCAGGUUGCCAACGAUGUGGUAAAGGAAGCACAGUCGGUGGGCCGUUCGGCGCCCAUCGACGACUCUGCGUCAACUACCAGCACCCCCGCCGUCAAUGGCGAGCUGCCUUCGGCCCCCACCACUUCGAAGCACGACUCUCCACAACAGUCCUCAGCUGCAGCGAAUGCGAACAAGCCAGAAGCCUCAUCCGCUGAUGGUGCACGCAUGACCGGCAAGCAGGGUCAAGAUACCUUGGCAGUAAGUGGAGGUGACGACGAGCCCUUGGGACCAAUGGAAACUGACUGCCUCGAGAAAAAUCAGAAUCAGGAACAAGACAGCCACGAUGCCGCACCCCCCGUCAAGGCCGUGCCUCUCGUCAAUGGCGACUCGAGUGAUCAUUUAGCAUCCGAGUCGCUGGCCGUUGCCGAUGCGAGCGGUGGCUCCGACACGGAUAUCAGCCGGCCCGGUAGCGUCGACCAGUCAAAACGGGAACCAGGUCAUGUUCGAAGCAGCUCUACGGUGAAGAAGCCCUCGACCUUCAAGUCGGUAUCUGUCACGAAGAACUUCCUCGCCAAAUCGGUCGUCUCGGCGCCAACCGCACGACCUGGUGACAAAGUAGCCCCGGCGGCGCAGACUAGCACUUCAUCUGUGCUUACGCCCAAACCCCGCCUUGUUGCCAAACUGGGUACCAGCAACACCCCACGAACGCCGGGCAAAGUGAACGGUGCAGCCUCUGGCCCAGACGCAAGCAAGGUCUGGAAUAAGAACCAGCCAGUUCCCCCACCGCCACCAAAGCAGUAUACCGACGAAGAACUGAAGCAGCAGUAUGGUAUCCACCUGGCGACACGUCUGCAGACGGAUGAGGGAGGGAAAGAGGCAAAGUGGGCUGAUAUUGAUGACGAUGAGGAUGAUUGGGCUCCAGACACAGUCCAAUGGAUGGAUGGGACGAAAUCAUCAGUCACUGCGGCUGAGAGCCAGCCUCCAGCAGCAGAGGAACCCAAGACGAUCCUCAAGCCCGAGCCGCCAGUCGCUGCGCCCGAGCCUGCACCAGCUGCACCAGCUGCACCGACGAACACUCCAAAAGCCAGUGUCACGGGUGGUAGCAAGACCAUUUUGAAACCAGGAGCACAUGCGCAGCCGACCACAGGCAAGACCAGCCUUGUGCUGAAGGGACAGCCGGAAAAGCCUACUCUAGUGGCGAAGCCAUCCGCUACAGAGAAGAAGUCGCCGUGGGCAACACUGCCUCCAGUCGAGAAGGUCUCACCUAUCCCAAUCAAUCCUCCCGCACCCCAGCAGGCGCCUCGCUACCCACAACGCGAGUCUUACAGUCAAGACUCGAGGCAGCAGCCUGCGCAAGAAAUAGCUCCAGACGACUUCAACCGCACCUGGCGUGAUGAGCGCGGCAACGCACCGGAACUGUACAAUUCACACAAUGGUCGUUAUGAGCCCGUCAACGAUAUGCGUCGACCGUCCGCCCGUGAUGCUGGUUUCCGACAGCAGCCUUCUGUGUUGCAGAGGCCAUCGCAGGGUGGUCCCGCAGAGCCUUCUGCAGCUUUCCAAACCUCGAGAGCGAAUGGAGACGCGCCCACCUGGGGACGCAGGAGAAACUCGUCAAAUGUCAGUGCAGGAAACAUGCGCCGCAUGUCAAUCGAUCGCCGUGGCCCAGACAUGCCCAACGGGCCCAUGGGUGCCGAACGACGGGGUUCACAGAUGAACGGCUCCGACUUUGCAGAGGCAGGAGCAGCUAGACAGCCGCCGUUUGCACAGGCGGUCUCACCAAACACUGCAAACGCCCACCCAGCCUCACCUUAUAGCUCCGUCACCUCCUCCACCCACCGUGACCAUUCCACUCUCACCGCACUACAAGCACCUCCUCCUGAAGAUCCUGUAGAAGUACAAAAGCGCUUAAUGGCAGACAAGAUUGAGCGUGCGCGCCUGAAGAAGCAGCAGGAGCAAGAAGCUGAGAAGAAGGCUGAGGCUGAGAGGAAGGAGCGCAUUGCCAAGAAACUCGCCGCCCUGGGUCCUCCUGCCGACUCAAAGUCCAAGACCAAAGAGCAGUCACCUUCACGGCCUGCAGAGCAGUCGCCUCAGAAAGAAAAGGCUGUGCCCGCCGCGGUCCAGUCGCCGCCCAAGCCGCCUGUUCCCACUGCGGAUGGUGAGGUUGCGCAGUACGGCAUGAUGAAGGUCCACCAGCCUCACACGGUCAAGAAGGCGUCACCCCAGACCGAACCUGCAAAGACUGUGAAGCCAGCUGAGCAGGCGCAAGGCUCUUUGCCCGUGAAGACCCAAACAGAGGUUCAAGCGCAGGCAUCGUCGCAUGCAUUGAAUCAGCCUGCCCCGCAGUCUGUUGACUCGUUCCCUCGCGAACCGGACAAGGACAAGCCUAGACAACCGGCUGGUGAUCAGUCCAGAAACCUGGAUCGCGCUGUCCCAGCAGGACCCAAGCCGCAGGCAUCACAAACUACUUGGACUCCCGCCACUACGCCGCAAUCUCGAGGCUGGACAUCGCAGGUCUGGGGCCCACCCCCCACGAGGGAGCGAGCUCUCGGCAACGGUACCUUCGUCGACCCUGGCUACAAUCGAGGUCAGGCUCGACCUGGCCAACAGCAGCUUCCCGCGCAAUCGUCCACACCUAUCGCUCCGAUCGGAGCCAGCUUGGCUUCCUCACAGGCGUCGGCUUCGCAUGGCUCAAAGCAGAUGCCUUCACAGGCGAUGUACACUCAACCGAAAUCCCGACCUGCACAGGCAAUGCCAUCGAAGCCCGGACCCAUUGCGCCGCCUCUGGCCAAGGGUUGGGGUAACUUCGAAGCAGACAUUGCGAAUGAUGAUCGCAAGGUUGCAAUGAAGGCUCAACAGGACCGUGAGCGUCUUGGUGAAUUCCGUCCUGAGAUCCGGGAGACGUACAAGGACCAACGUGGUCAGGCGCAGACUACGCUUCACAGCAAGGUUGCUCCCAAUGUUGUUCUUCCAGACGCGAUUACCAAGAAGGACGAUGCUACACCAAAGCCUCUCCUCGAGGGAUCUCCGUCUCAGACUCUAGGCCAAGGCACAUCACUCCAACAGCCUGCUGGACCUCGCGCCUCUCGCUUCUUUCCUCGCCCGAUUGAGCCCAUGACUCCAGCGGCAACAACAGCGUCGAUGAAAGCAGAUUCGCCACCACCGCCUCCCGAGACCUCGGCCCAUCCUGUCUUCUCUGGAGAUUUUGGUCGUCCACAAGUAAAGCUGCCGAAGCCUUCGCCAGUCGUUCGUCUACCCCCAUGCGCAACUGGGUCUGUUACAUCCGAGGGCUCAGUUACCAUGCCUUUGCGAGGACAACAGUCCAUAGGCUCUAGGCCAUUGGCCAUGAACCCGGAAUGGCAAGCUCGGUUUAACAAGCUCCUCGAGAAGCCGGGCGCUCCGGCGACGGUAGGGCCCACAGCUCGUGCCCCAUCUGCGGUAUCCUCGACCCCAGGUGCGCUCGCCCCUACUGCUCAUAGUAAAGCAUCCUUGGAAGUUCGUGGUGCUCCUGGUCCGGCGACUGUGUCCUUGCCUCACGUACCACAAAACAGCUUGUUUGCUACAGAUCAGGGUAGUGAUCCGGAGACCCGCAAGGGUACCGAAGCGCUCUUUGAAGAUCGCGAAUUUGGCUCAUUACCGACCGUGAAGCUUCCCAAGACUGCUCAUCUCGCAGCCGCGGAACCAGCUGUUAGUGCCCCAAAGGACGAUUUGCCUCCUCGGUUCAAAAAACAGGAGAACCCAUUCACCAUUCGCCGUCUUGAGGCUUUUGAUCUGGACAAGAGCGCUCAGAAGGUUGACGUUCCUGUCCAUCUGCCCGGCAUGCAUCAACCUAUUACGAAAUCCAUGCCGCGUAGACGCCGUGGUCCGAAGACUGGUGGCCAGUUCAAGCCAAAGCAGACAGGCGGACCGAACGGAUCGGCAGCCAACGGUUCCAAGGAGCGUCCCCGUAAACCUUCAGGUCAGGCAGAUCGCCCCGGCAGUUCCUCUCGUUCCGCUCCCACCAACACUUGGUCUAACAACGGUCGUUCGAACCCGGCACCCCAGCAAACCACUUGGGCUAGGCGUGCUGCUGCUGCUCAUUGA